GAUGAGUUCCAUCCUUUCAUCGAGGCCCUGCUGCCCCACGUCCGGGCCUUCGCCUACACCUGGUUCAACCUGCAGGCGCGGAAGAGGAAAUACUUCAAGAAGCACGAGAAGCGCAUGUCGAAGGAGGAGGAGCGCGCCGUGAAGGACGAGCUCCUGGGGGAGAAGCCCGAGGUCAAGCAGAAGUGGGCCUCGCGCCUCCUCGCCAAGCUGCGCAAGGACAUCCGGCCCGAGUUCCGCGAGGACUUCGUCCUGACGGUGACGGGGAAGAAGCCCCCCUGCUGCGUGCUCUCCAACCCGGACCAGAAGGGCAAGAUGCGGCGGAUCGACUGCCUGCGCCAGGCGGACAAGGUCUGGCGCCUGGACCUGGUCAUGGUGAUUUUAUUCAAAGGGAUCCCCCUGGAGAGCACCGACGGGGAGCGGCUGGUCAAGUCCCCCCAGUGCUCCAACCCCACGCUGUGCGUGCAGCCGCACCACAUCGGAGUCUCGGUCAAGGAGCUGGACCUGUACCUGGCCUACUUCGUGCACGCCGGUGAGUCGCCGCUUCCCGUUCUUCUUCUGGGGGUUUUGAGGGUUGUGGAGCUGCAGCUGCAGAGCUCUGGGAAACGGGGGGUCUUAAGGCCUCGGAUCCUUCGAGAGGCUGGAUGUGGUCCGGACGUUUUGGAUGUUGGUCUGGAUUUGUCAGUUAAGGGACUGAUCUAG